UAGCUGUGACGUAACGGAUGACGCAUGGCGGCAACGACCCACCAGACCAGAGGCGGCCGUGGGGCAGUGACUGAACAAUCGGCCUGCUGCAGCGCCUCCACGACGCAGCUGCCCCGAGAUGCGGCCCUGGGGCGCGGUGCCGUCGCUGUCGGCGUGGUGCUGGUGCCUGGCUGCGGUGCUGCAGCUGCAUGCGCCACUGUGCGACGGUCUGCGGGCCCUGGCGCUGUUCCACUACCACGGCUACAGCCACUGGGUGAUGUUCCGGCCACUGCUGCUGGAGCUGGCCCGCCGCGGCCACCACGUGACCGUGCUCUCUCACUUCCCCCAGGACAACGCACCGCCUACCUACGAGGACCGCAGCCUCAAGGCCGCCGUGCCUCCCAUCGUCAAUACCUUCUCUUUCGACUUCGCGAUGAGCUCCAGCAUGAUUAAAUUCAUCUGGUUCGAGAUGCAGUCCUUUUGCAGGCCCAACUUCGAGCAUCCGGUCACCAAAGAGCUGAUCAAAAACAAGGAAAAGUUCGACGUCAUCCUUCUCGAGGUGUUCGGGCCGGACUGCUUCGCAGCCUUCCACCACCACCUGGGGGGAGUCCCAGUGGUGGGGAUGACGAGCAGUGUGAUGCUGCCCUGGGGAAACUCCCGCGUGGGCAACCCCGACAACCCGGCCUACAUACCCAACUACUUCAUGCCCUUCAGCUCGCGCAUGACCUUCUGGGAGCGCCUCGCCAACACGGUGUCCACCUUUGCCACGAGCGUCGGCUUUGACCUCUUGGUUCCAGGAUCAGUGGACGAACUGAACAGGGAGUAUUUUGGGAACGAAGUACCAAAGACGCUAGAUCUGGUGAAGAACCUCAGCCUUUUGCUGGUGAACAGCCACUUUAGCAUCAACUUUCCUCGACCGCUGGUGCCGAAUGUCGUAGAGGUCGGCGGCAUACACGUUCCGACAACUGCGAAACCACUUCCAAAAGAGCUGCAGCAGUUCCUGGACGGGGCGCCCGGAGAGACCGGCGCGGUGCUGUUCACGUUCGGCUCACUGGUGCGGGCGGACACACUGCCCACCGACACGCUGCUGGCGUUCGCCGAGGCCUUCCGCCAGCUGCGGCCGCAGCGCUUCAUCUGGAAGCUGGACGCGGCGGCCGCUGCCUCCAGGGGCGUCGCCCUGCCGGACAACGUGCUCGCCACCACCUGGCUGCCGCAGUUCGACGUCCUCAGCCACCCCAAGGUCCGGGCGUUCAUCUCCCACGGCGGGCUCAUGGGGACGCUGGAGGCGGUCCACUGCGGAGUGCCGGUGCUGGGGAUCCCGCUGUUCGCCGACCAGAAGCUCAACGUGCCCAACAUGGUGCGCCACGGCGUCGCCGUCCAGCUCGACAUCAACCACAUCACCACUGACCAGGUCGUCGACGCACUGCGGAAGCUCACCGCCCCAGGAUCUGAGUACUGGACGCGGGCCAAGCAGGUGUCUGCACUGUUCCGGGACCGCCCCCGGCCGCCGCUGGAGGAGGCAGCGUACUGGGUGGAGUACGUGGCCCGGCACCAGGGGGCGCCGCACAUGCGGUCUGCCGCACUCGACCUGUCCUGGUACCAGUACCUGCUGCUGGACGUCGUCGCCUUCGUCGCCCUGGCCGCCGCCGCCGCGCUGGCCGUGCUCUGGCUCCUCUGCAGAAAGCUGAUCUCUCUGGCGCUGCCGCCCACAAAGGGGCCGCGCAAGGCGAAAGCGUCGUGAGGAACUGCAGAGCUGACUCCAAGACGUCACGUGCCGUGAGGAGCAGAAGACUAGUUCAUCGGUGUGCGGACAUUUGCCACGCCGGACAUUUGCCACGAUUUUACCUGCUCCGAAGGGUUGGGUCCCUUGCCUCCUCCUCCUCCUCCUCCUCCUCACGGCUUACUGAGCCUUUCCGCUGUUUCA